CCUUAUGUACGGUGUGACCGAGUCGGAGAAGUUUCACGCGCUGCCGCCGAUCGCAUUGCUGCACGGCAUGCUGGACGAUCAGAGAGACGAAGUGUUAAGGGAACACGCGAAGGCAACGCACGAGCUCGACCCGGAACUAAUUCUCUCGAAGAUUCUCGAACAAUACGGCGACUUCUCCGCCGGAUAUACAGGCGAGUACAUCUUGAAGAAUCGCGAUCUCGUGCUAGACGCGCUAUCCGACGCCGGUACCGUAGCUCCAUUAAUAUUGACGGCGGAUCUGCAUUCAAGGGCGAAUCCCAAGAGCUACAUGUACGUCUUCUCGCAUCCGAAAGCCACGCAGGAUUACUCGGGCGUAAGUACGUUUUUCCUCGACUCCAACCCGUCUGAAAUAAUGAUGAAAAUACUCGGUAGCUACAGAAUUUUGGCUCGUUUGCCUGAUUUUAAGUAACAUAACGUUUACAUUCCAUGGCAAGCUUUUUUUUUUCCCCUAUCCUAUUAGGUAAAUUUUUUUACGAACGAAUUCAUUCUUCGUAA